CUGGGCAUGCGCGAAUGGGCAGUGGGCCCGGCAGGUCGAGGACUCAGGUAGCGCGUGGUGGCGCCGCCAGCGACCCGCUGCCCGUCUUGCGGCACUUUGAAGGCUUCGGUCGCCUCUCAGGCCCACCUAGCAUCUUAAUCUACUGGUGGAGGCGCGCCAGCCCCUGUUGUGUGCUAACCUGCAGAGGCCGCCGCAGUGACCCCGCCCCCGGGCUGACAAUGUGAGACUGGUCGGGCAUCCCCGCACCAGACCCGGGCACUGGGAGUGGGCGGCUCGGCAGCCCCGGGAGAUGGCCCUGUUGCCGGUGCUUGUCGCCUCCUGGAGUCUGGAGCAGUGAGGGGGCUGGCGAUCGAGGGACAUUGGCCCCAGCGCGGCAGAGUCGGAGGGGCCGCGGGCGCCAUGGAGGGGGUGCUGUACAAGUGGACCAACUAUCUGAGCGGCUGGCAGCCUCGAUGGUUCCUUCUCUGUGGAGGGAUAUUGUCCUACUACGAUUCUCCCGAAGACGCCUGGAAAGGCUGCAAAGGGAGCAUCCAAAUGGCCGUGUGCGAAAUUCAAGUUCAUUCUGUAGAUAACACACGCAUGGACCUGAUCAUCCCUGGGGAGCAGUAUUUCUACCUGAAAGCCAGAAGUGUGGCAGAGAGACAGCGGUGGCUGGUAGCCCUGGGGUCAGCCAAGGCUUGCCUGACAGACAGUAGGACCCAGAAGGAAAAAGAGUUUGCUGAAAACACUGAAAACUUGAAAACCAAAAUGUCGGAACUAAGACUCUACUGUGACCUCCUUGUCCAGCAAGUGGAGAAAACAAAAGAAGUGACCACAGCGGGUGUGUCCAAUUCCGAGGAGGGAAUUGAUGUGGGAACACUGCUGAAAUCAACGUGCAAUACUUUUCUGAAGACCUUGGAAGAAUGCAUGCAGAUUGCGAACGCAGCCUUCACCUCCGAGCUGCUCUAUCGCACUCCACCAGGGUCCCCGCAGCUGGCCAUGCUCAAGUCCAGCAAGGUGAAGCAUCCUAUCGUACCGAUUCAUAAUUCAUUGGAAAGGCAAAUGGAGUUAAACAAUUGUGAAAAUGGAUCUUUAAACAUGGAAAUAAAUGAUAAUGAAGAAAUCCUAAUGAAAAACAAGAGUUCCUUAUAUUUGAAAUCUGCAGAAAUCGAUGGCAGCGUAUCAAGUGAGGAGAAUACAGAUGAUAAUGUAACAGCCCAAGGUGAAGUAAUGAAGGGAGAGCGAGAGGAAGACUUGGGAAAUCACAAUGCAGCACAGCGAGGGUCAAGCCCCCCAGUGAGGUCUCCGGAGUCCUUUUGGGAAGAAGGCCAAGAAGUCAUCCCGACUUUCUUCAGUACCAUGAACACCAGCUUUAACGACAUUGAACUUGUGGAAGACACUGGCAUUCCCACAGAAGCAUUCUUGGCGUCAUGCUAUGCAGUGGUUCCAGUGCUGGACAAACUUGGCCCUACGGUGUUUGCUCCUGUUAAAAUGGAUCUCGUUGGAAAUAUUAAGAAAGUGAAUCAGAAGUACAUCACCAACAAGGAGAAGUUUGCCACCCUCCAAAAGAUCGUGCUGCACGAGGUGGAGGCUGACGUGGCCCAGGUCAGGAACUCAGCUACUGAAGCCCUCUUGUGGCUGAAGAGAGGCCUUAAAUUUUUGAAAGGAUUUUUAACAGAAGUGAGAAAUGGAGAAAAGGACAUCCAGACAGCCCUGAAUAACGCCUACGGGAAGACCUUACGGCAGCACCACGGCUGGGUCGUCCGAGGGGUUUUUGCGCUAGCCUUGAGGGCAGCACCAUCCUAUGAAGAUUUUGUGGCUGCAUUAAGCAUCAAGGAGGGCGACCACCAGAAAGCUGCUUUCAGUACCGGGAUGCAGAGGGACCUCAGCCUCUACCUCCCUGCCAUGGAGAAGCAGCUGGCAAUCCUGGACACUUUGUACGAGGUGCACGGACUGGAGAGUGACGAGAGGAAGAGGCGGUUGUGGAUGCAAACCAGUUAAAGGGACAAGGAGAAGGACCAGGUUUACUUCGGCAGCCUUCCUCAUGGAGCCAGCAUGGCGCCCGGCCAGGCCGCAGGCAGGCACCGUGGUCCCCGUGUGCUCUCAGGGCAGUGUGGUUUAGUCGCCAGCUGCGCACAGCAAGCUCGAUGCCCCUGCUGGCCUAUCUCACGAGCCUGGAACUGCUGGUCAGUCUCAGGAACUUGGGGACUGGGCCACGGUUGACUGCUGGGAUGUCAGCCUGUCAUAAAACCUUGUGUAGGCAUUUGCCUGGAGAGAGUGACAUGGGGACUGUGGCCUGGUCUCAGGAGGCCACACCACCAAGAAGGCAUGGGAGAGGGGCCACAGGCCUUCCCCGUGAGAGGCCGCUUCCUCCAAGUGGCUGGAAGGGCAUUUCCACCGUGAGGGGUUCCCCAGGGUGGAAGGUGAGCUCCUUUGCGGAGCACAGGUGAGUGCUGCCCGAGCAGCCCCAGAGGAUGCUGGUCCGAGGGCAGAGGGAGCCCCUCCUCAGACAGAGGAUAAUGUCGGGAGCAGUGCUGGUUUUGCCUUCCAUCUGUCUUUAGACAACGGGGCAUUCAUUUAGCUCAAGUUAAUGAAGCAGCUACUCGGCUCACAUAGGGACUUUCGGAAAAGGCUGAACUUAGAAAAGCAACAUUAAAUGUUUUAAGGCUGGGGAGAAAAACGAUGCUAAAACGACACUGAUUAUUUUGUAUUUUAGCACUUCCUGUUGGCAUCUCCAAAGGGGUGUGUGCGUGCUCGUUCCCUUCCCAUGAGUAAUCGGUGUGGCUCUCCCUCUCUGGCUGGUGUGCAAACGAGGGCGGCCCAAGGGGCUCCUGCCCUUGACGGUAGCUUGAAAAAAUAGCCCACCUUUGCCUGUGCCUUGAGUGAAGAUGCAUCAGACAUCCUGUCACUGGGAGGGGACGCUACCAGGAAAUGUGAGUGUUGCAAAGCAGGACCCUCUCAUCACCUGCUGGUGCUCCCUGUCACCUCGGGUAAACUUGUAUGGGGAGGGAGUGGGCCCCCAGAAUGUAUCUCAUUUGCCCUUGAAGCUGUGAACACACGCAAAGAAAGCUGCUCAGCGUGGCCAUUUCACAUUUGUGUAGGUGUGGCUGGUGUAGCCAACCCAGGUGUCUGGGGAAGAAGGGUUUGAUAUUAUCUGGGACCAUUGGGAACCCACAUUAGGAUGAUUUGAGUAAGUUCCAUUUUCUCCUCACCCUUUUUCCAACACUACAGAAAGGGGCAAUGUGUUUUUGAUAGGUGUUUUCCUUCCUGGAACGUAUUAAGUUUGCCUCAGAUGUGUACAGCCCUGAGAGCCCUUCAAUAAAGAGAACUAGAAAUUGAACCUGUACUAGACGGUAAGGUCAGCCUGACCUGGAGCUGGGCACAGGCGGAGCCUCUUCCUGGAUCCACAGUGUUUGCUUCUCCGUUUUAGUCCACGUCCUAAUUCGUGCUAAAUUGCAGUCAGUGUCUCAGAAGGGGACAGAGAGAAAGAAUAGUAAGGCUUUCUUUCCAUAACCCGCCAAGAUGUGCAGAUGCCUGGGCUCCCGCCGGCCCAGACAGCGAGUGAAGAAGAGGUAGGCGUCUUGCUGUCCUUGCUCAAACGUCUCAGGGUCCCUUUCCAGGAGCAGCCUUUAGGGAGGUCCCAAGGGAAAAGGUAAUGUGACUUCCAGGUAUCAGGAGAGGCGGUCAGCAGGUUUGGCUGACCCCUCCAGGGUACUUCCUGCACACAGUGGCCUCGUGUUCACACCCCUCCCCAAGGAGGAGCCAGGCGUGGUGCUGGGGGGAGGGUGGGGACUGUGUGUCAGUCCUGUCAGCGGCCACGGCCACUGUUUUGUCCUUUGAAAGCAAGCUUGAGUGCUUAUCGCUAAUCCUGCUGAAAAAUGUCACGUUGGAGGGAUGCCCUUUUGCUGGGCAUGGAGAUGAUAUUCAGCUCUGCAGCGAGUCCUAGAGGUGGGGCUCGGAACUGCAAGCAGGUCACGUCAGGGGCUGGCUGGGAAAGGCUGUGUUCAUCAGACUGUGAAAGUUUGCAGUCUUCUUUCUUAAUUAUUCAUUGUGUUUACAUGUAUGUCCAGAAACUUAAUGCUCUCACUUUUAUAUUUUUGGGAAAGUUUUUUUUUUUAUUAAAAAAAAUGUGAUGGGGACCAAUAAAUAAAGCACAUUUUUCUUUAUUCAAUUUGAAGUAAGCAAGACCCCUUACUUCAGCUCUUCCAGGCGGAUCUUAUUAAGGAAAUUUAAUCUGAUCGCGGGGCCCAUACAUUCCAGGCAGGAGAGAGCGCCAGAGGGUCUGGAGCGGUUACGAUGAUGUGAGACGUUUGGAAACGUUCUGAAGGAGCACUACGUGUGUGUUUGUUCUCCUGAACUACUGUAUCAUGUCCUACGAGAGGUCGGUGACACGGUGGUGGGUUUCGGAAUCCCUGGCCGAAGUCCGUUGCUUCUGAUUUUGGUCAGAGGUUUUACAACUCUCCGGCUCCCCCACCCUCGUGGUUCAUUUCCUUUCAAGGCGAAUGUCAACCAUUUUUAUACUUUCAGAUUUAGUGUUUAUAAGCAAAGUACGUUUUAAGCCAUGGUUCUGAGAGCUGAUCUGACGUGCGUGGUCAGAGAGCACUGGCCUUCGGCCGCUUGGUGACCCACACAGCCCGCCCGCGGACGUCAGUGUGUGGUACACCUGUGUCCUGGGUCGCGCAUGUAGGGCUCAUUAUUGAGAGAGAUGUCCUGCUUCCGGGCGUCCGUUUGUAACCUGCAGUUGCUUACUCAGGGUUUUCACAGUAAUGACAAAGUAGUCACUAGCUGUCUGAUGGGAUUUUAAGACUGCUUAGCUAGCACAAGGUCGUUAGGGGUCCUAACAACUGCCGCAUGCACACACUGCUUGCCAGCCCGUCUGUGAGCGUUCCAUGCGUCCUGCUGCAGUCCGUCCUUGCUCCUGUGCAGUGGCCGUCUGCGUGGCAUCUCCGAGCACCUCUGCGCCGGGGCCCAGUUACUGACGGGACCGCUGUUGCAUGCAUUGGUCUCUGUUGUGCGCUGUCUGUAUACAGCCUUUCAUGAAAAGGGGAACACACCCCACUCACUGCUCAGUAAUGCAAAUGUCCCAAAAUUCUCCCAAAGGUUACCCUUUGAGUCACUUCUCUUUCAGAGUGAACACCUGUUUUCAGGUGACUCUUGUGAGAACAUAAGAAAGAGAUCCUGCUUGUUUUAAGCACAUCCUCUCUGUCUGUUACCUGUAUUUUAAGGUGUGGUUGGUAUUUUCUCCCUGGGCUUUAUAAACAGGUACCACCCUGAGAUGGGGGUCUCCCUGUCAAAGCUGGUCUCAUCCGCACAGACGCCUGUAUGCCUGUCUCUUUGUGGGUGUACGUGGAGGUGACAAGGAGGGGGAGCUAGAAGUAAUUUCUGUUGCUUCCCAGAAGGCUCAUGAACCAGCCUCACGGUGUGUUUGAUCUGUGAGUCCCCCGUGUUGUGACGACUUCACUAGAACGUCAGUAAACAGCCCAACUACCUCAUGUGAAAUUGGCUGUGGACAAUCUGUGUCGGACGGGUCGUGUGUUCAGGCCGAUUUGAUCUGAUUAAGAGAUUGAACAAAAUGAUGUCUCUACACAGAAGAAACAUGUUAGACCAUAUGCCAAAGGCUACAAUGUACAUAGGUUUCCUAGGAUUAAUUUUUUAAAUCAAUGCCGAAUCCCACCCCCAGUAUUCUUAUCUCGAAUGUCGGUGGUCUUCAGAUCCGUGCACUUUCAAUGUCUGUCUCAGGCCACCUUCCUUACCUGUGCUUGUCCCUCCACAUCAUAAUGACAGUAGAAAGCAAGUGUCAAGUGGUUUGUUGAUUUCUUAGUUCUAAUGGACCUUUUCUUAGAACAUAAUGUGUUGGAGCCUUUUAGGACCAAUCAGUGGAUGAAGAUGUCAUGUUCAAUGUUUCGUGUAAAACUCUGUCCAAGUUCUCAUUCUGUAACUUGUGGGGAGGGGGAAUGAGCACAGGGUUUACUUUUUUUGCAAAAAUGUUUGAAAACAUCUGUCAGAUUUUAUAUUCAUUAGUUAUAAUAAACUUAUUUUU